AGAGAGAGAGAGAGAGAGAGAGAGAGAGAGAGAGAGAGAGAGAGAGAGAGAGAGAGAGAGAGAGAGAGAGAGAGAGAGAAAAAGAGAAAAAGAGAGGGAAGCACAGAUGUAAUAAUCACUUCUUCUACUACUCGUAACACAAAGGUGUGGACAAAAUUUGAUUAUUCCCUACUUAAGUAUUUAUUGAGAACGUAAAGGAUUAUUUUUAUGACACUCCCCUCCAGAGUCUAGGAGCUGUAGAGCUGGACCAGCGAGAUGAGGAGCCUCUUGCUUCUCCUUCUCCUCCGCAUGCCCACAGGUUCUCUGCUGAAGGUCGAUGGAUGCAAGGGAGGAAGUGUGUUCUUUAACAAGCCUGAGCAUUUGAACCUGACCUGUGACAGAAAUACUACCAAAAGGCUCCUUACAGAGGAAAACGGGAUGGUCAAAAUUGUUGGACUAGAGAAAGGAGACUCGACUUGCUUUUCGUUGAGUAGCCUAGAGCUCGAAUUAAAAGACGAGUGCCCAGGACCAAUCACUCUUUGUCCUGGUCAAGGAGAGGAAGUCUCUGUACCAUGUGACUAUCCUGGUGCAUUCGACAAAUACGACAAAUACUUUUGCAAAGAAGAAGGUAAAUUUCAAUGUAAAGAAAUAUUAUCAAAGACCAUGUCGAUCAAGUUCCGCACAAACAAGGACUAUGGAAUUUACUGGUGUGGGUUCAACCACUCAAGCAACAUCGUCCUGAUCCAAAAAGUAUCGAUACAAAAUGUCCCAGUGGAAAACCAGACCUCGGAGGUUGGUCGAAGUCUAACCUUCAAGUGUAACUACUCUGGCUCUUCGGGGGUCAAGCGUAUCUGUAGGGGUCCACUGCAAUAUUGUCAGCAAAUGUUGAACACCUCGCGACCCACAAACGGAAGGUAUCACAUGGAAGACGCAACGAACAACCACACCCUCACCAUAACUAUCAAGUCCCUGAUAGAGCAGGACCGGCUGGUGCCAUUCUGGUGCUACUCCAAGAAUUCUGAUGGAACCUUUAAUAUCCACAGCAAAUUAAAUCUGACCUUCGGCACAGGCACAAUCAUCUCCGAGGAUGGGCUGUCUCUGCCGGUUUCCAUAGUGAGGGGGGUGGCUGCUGGGGUGCUGAUGGUGAUGCUAGUUAGUCUAGGCACAUGGAAAUGCCUUUCAUCUAGAAACCCAAGGGAAGGACAGAAACUAGGGGAAGUUAAUAUCUAUGAGGAGAUACAACGGCGCCCUCUUGAGCCCAUCUUCUUCUCUUCGAUCUGCGUCACCGCAACCCACCCCUCCACCUCUCUUCACUUCUCAACUGUUGCCUUCAAAGCGAACUCGGAUGAGCGCUGUGUCGUUGUGACCCCCAAGGACGCUGAAUACCCUGUUCUAAAGGCAGCCCCCCGCCCCCCAGACGAAGCCUCCCCCACAGGUCCAGCAACCAGGAGCUCUAGCAGCCUCUCAGAGGAACAGUUGGCCAAUUUAACGCAGCAGGACUAGGGCCGGGGCAGCGGGAAAACGUUUUUCUAUAACGUUGUUUCACUAUCCAUUACAAUCUGUGUAAUACGAUUUUGUUAACAACAUGUGCCGCUGAUGGCGUGUUUCCAUAAUAGUGUUCAUCAUUCAUCACUUAAAUAGGUGAGUGACUCACUUACUUGCCAUUACAUGUAUUCUACCGCCGUCGGGAACCAUCAGUUGCGUGAGUGGCCCAGCGCUGCGGUGUUGUGGUGCGGCCGGCCCGAGUUCGCGUCCUGAGAAUGUCAUAAUUGACUUUUUAUAUAAUAAAUAUGUCUUACGAUUUCCCCAGGAGCACAAAAAAAGGACCACAUUUGUUUUCAUUGAAUGCAUUUUUUAUUUAGUAAUCCUCCCGGAGCUGUGGGAAUAAAAUAUAAAUUAAAUACAUUCCAAACACAA